UCUGGAACACAAGUUGGAUUUCGUCAUUUCUUCAUUCGUUGCGUUGCCCCAACCUGAAAAAUCCUCUGCAAUUCUCUGAGAAACAGAGACGACGACGACGACGACGCCAUCACGCCGUCUCUGAGCGCCGGGAUCAAGGGAGUGGUAAGCAAUAAGAAUGGCGGCGCUCGCCUCGAGCAGCUUAUCGGCAGUGGCGCUGUUAAGUCCGACCAAAAUGGGCAAUAUCUCAAGACGCCUUUUCUACAAUCCCGGUUUGACCUCAUCGUCAGCGUCCACCCGUUUCUUCAAGCGAGGUUUGGCGGCAAAAAUUCGCGCCUGUUCCUCAACCGCCUUCGUUGAAACUGCGCCGGAUUUGAUCUCCAACGUGAAAGAGGUCAGGACCUGCAAGAACAUUUUAGCGUGCCCAAUUUGUUACGAACAAUUUGUUUGGGAUGGUGACUCUGUUUUAUCUGUAGAUUCUGCACCUGGGACUACUUUGCAAUGCAGCACCUGUAAGAAGGCUUACCUUGGAAAUCUGACACACAUCGACCUGACAGUAGCUAGUGGGGCGAAGGACUAUGGCGAAGCUAUGCCAGCAUCCACAGAGUUUUUCAGGGUUCCUCUAGUAUCAUUCCUCUAUGAGCGAGGGUGGCGACAAAGUUUUUCAGUAUGGGGUGGUUUUCCAGGCCCGGAGAAGGAGUUUGAAUUAAUUAAAGAUUACCUUAAGCCAGUCUUAGGUGGCAACAUUAUUGAUGCAAGUUGUGCAAGUGGGAUGUUCACAAGACUCUUUGCCAAGAGCGGACUGUUUUCUCUUGUUGUUGGUUUGGACUUUUCUGAGAGCAUGCUGCAGCAGUGCUACGAAUUCAUCAAGCAGGAGGACAUUCCCAGAGAGAACUUAAUUUUGGUCAGGGCUGACAUCUCUAGGCUUCCAUUUGCUUCGGGUUCUGUAGAUGCCGUGCAUGCUGGUGCUGCUUUGCACUGUUGGCCUUCUCCUUCAGCAGCUGUGGCCGAGAUAAGUCGUGUUUUACGGCCUGGAGGUGUUUUUGUUGCUACAACCUAUAUAGUGGACGGUCCUUAUUCACUGUUACCAUUUUUGAGGCCCUUGCGUAAGAACAUUGGGCAAGUCUCAGGCAGCCACAUAUUCCUAGCUGAACAUGAACUUGAAGAUCUCUGCAAUGCAUGUGGUCUUGUGGGUUUUACCUGCACAAGGAACCGGCGUUUUGUGAUGAUUUCCGCUACAAAGCCCAACUAACAAUUUGGUACAUAUCUCUUUGUAUUCCAUGUAUUUCUCAAAACUAUUUUAGUUGAAAAGCACAUCACAUUCUGUUGCCGUGAAUGUGUAUGAGCUCCGAAGGUGUUAUAUAGCCUAGGCCAUGUCAAAAUUGUAUAUGAUUCAUGCUGCCAAAUCUCUAGAAAUAGAACGUCUCUUGUGCAUUUAGAGUAGCAUCUUUACUCAAAUGGCUAUACAUUGCAAAUUUAAGUGGUGUCUUAGUAAAAUUAUUAGUCCAAAGGUGGUAAGUAAACCUAGAUGGGCUUUGCACAUAGGUGUAAAGUGCUAACUACUUUUGCCCCCACCUUCUUAAUGAAUCUUACUUGAGGUGAGUUUUGUUGGCAACAAUAAAUUUGUUCAUUUGUGAUUGGGAAA